AUGGAGGAGCAGCAGUUUCAAACGAGCGUGGACGUCAGCGUGAGCAACAUGCAGCGCGACGGCGUCGACGUUCCCGAUCCGUUGACGCUGGGCACGGCCAUGAUGCUCACGAACGUCGUGUCGCGCCUCCCCGCCAAGGACGCCGCGCGCACCGCCGCGCUCGCCACGCGCUGGCGCGGCCUCUGGCGCUCCGUACCCUUCGCCGUCGUCGACGCCCACAUCCUCCCGGACAGCGUCCCGGCCGACCACACGAUGCCCGGAGGCGAGGACGUCCUGUCCUGGGCCGUCGCCGCCGUGGCGUCCCGCGUCCUGGACGCUCACCCGGGCCCCUUCCGCUGCGUCCACCUCUCCCGCUGCCACAUGGCGUCGCACCAGGCCGACAUCGAGCGCUGGCUGGAGCUCCUCGCCGCCAAGAGCGUCCAAGAGCUCGUCUUUUUCAACCGCUCGUGGCCGAUCGACCACCCUCUCCCAGGCGCGCUCUACGGCUGCACCACCGUCACCCGCCUGCACCUCGGCAUGUGCAGGGUCCCCAGCACCGCCGGGCUCCCGCACACCACAUGUUUCCCCUACCUCCGGGAGCUUGUCCUCGACACGGUCGCCAUCGAGGAACGAGACCUCCACUUGCUGAUCGACCGGAGCCCCGUCCUGGAGGUGACCACGUCUGCCGAAGUGCACAUCACUGUGGUGGACGCUCCUCGUCUGGAGAGGCUGCUCAUGUGGAUGAUAUCACCUGCCGUGCCAGGCGAGAGUUGCUCAAGGAUCAAGAUUGGCCAUGCACCCAACCUGUGCAUGCUGGGACAUUGGCAGCCGGGAUUUGAACUGGAGAUUGGCAAUACCAUCCUCAAGGUGGGUACUAAAAUGAGCCCAAGCACCAUGGUCCCAUCCGUCAAGAUCUUGGCUUUGGAGAUGGGAUUUGAAGUCCACAAUGAAGUCAAAAUGAUGCCUUGCUUUCUCAAAUGUUUUCCCAACGUCGAGAGGCUACAUGUCUUCUCAUUGAAUGAUGCCCCCAGUGGAAAGGUUGAUCCCAAGUUCUGGAAGGGGAAGGAGCCUGGUUGUAUUGAUUGCGUCCAGAGGCAUGUGAAGAAAUUUGUCUUCCAAGAGUUUCGGGGUAAGAAAAGUGAGCUGGCGUUCCUCAAGUUCAUUGCUGAGAGAGCGCAAGUCCUGGAGAAGAUGGUGGUCAUGGUGGCCUCUAAAUUCUUCUCUUCAGCAGAUGCUGUCAAUGACAAGCUGAAGCCUCUGACUUCUGCAAUAUGGGCCAGUAAAGACUGUAAACUGAUUGUCUUCAAGAGUCCAUCCUCUGAUGAGGCAUCCCCUGCCUGGGCUUCCAAAAUAGCAUCUGAUUUUUCAUGUAGCGACCCUUUUGAUCUUCUGACCGCUGAUUCUGAACUCUGCAGUGGUGCCUCUGUGCUUCAACAUUCCAGCACUCUCUGA